UCGUGGUGAGGCUGGGAGGGCUCCUGGCUCUGCCUCAGCUCCUCUGUGGUGAAAAGCAGUACUUACAGCUCAUGAUCGAGGUGAGCUUGAUACUUAGGCUUCCCAAAGAGCUUAUGCCUGCCCUUUAGCAAGAGUUGCUUGGCCAGACCUGUCAAGUAUCAACAACAGGAGAGGGAAUGGAGUCAGAUGAAGCCCCAGAGUGUGCUGCUCCCUGAAAGCCAGUUUGCUGCAACGUGCAGGUGUGUGGGCAGCUUGGUGAGGAGCGGAGGCAUCUUGGAAGGCAGUGCUGCCAAAAAUCCACCCGCAGCCCACGCUGUCUCUACAAAGAGUGUCUUCAGCCAGUGUGAACAUACAGGUGGGAGCAGAGGGCAGCUUCAUCCCAGUCUCUUGCCUCUCCAUACAGCAGAUCCAAGCCAAUGCAGGUGGAGAGUGGUCUGAGGGCAACCUACUGGCUCCACUGAGGUCACAGGCAACACUGGAUUAUGCUGUGCUGCUUCAGAUGGGAAUAACCAAUUUGUUACAAUUCUUGCCUGUUCUUCAACACCCCAAAAAUAUUCCCACACAAGCCCAUGUCAGAGGGGUUUCUCAUUCCAGAGUGAUUCCAGCCCUCAGGUAAAUUACACCCUAGUGGAAGAAAGGAUUAGGGGAGAAGUGACCCGUGGCACUCCUGGGUGCACAGAGCAGAGGGGAUAACAGCUUGGCAAGAGUGGACCUGAGGAAAGAAGGAAUCCAUCCUACUGAAGCUGACCCAACAGAGAACCAUGAUGUGGCUGUUCAUCGCCAUUACUUACUUAAUCUGUAUUACUGAAAGUUCCAGUGCAAGCCCUGAAGUGUCUAUGGACGUUGGUGAAAUUGUUCACUACCACGGGUACCCAUAUGAAGAGCAUGAAGUGGUGACAGAAGAUGGCUAUUACCUUACCUUACAGAGGAUUCCUCAUGGCAAAGACAACUCAGGAAGCACGAGUGCCUCCCAUGAAGCAGAAACACCGGGAUCCAGCAUGUUCUGCCACCCUCCCAAACCUGCAGUGCUCCUGCAGCAUGGCCUGGUGUUGGAGGGCAGUAACUGGGUUACAAACCUGCCCAACAGAAGCCUGGGCUUCAUCCUUGCAGAUGCUGGCUAUGAUGUCUGGAUAGGAAACAGCAGGGGGAACAGCUGGUCACGAAAGCACAAAGAAUUUGAAUUUCACAGUGAGAAAUAUUCAUCUUACAGCUUUCAUGAGAUGGCCAUGUAUGAUCUUCCAGCAACAAUCAACUAUAUUCUGCAGAAAACAGGACAGGAGCAGUUAUACUACGUGGCUUACUCUCAAGGCACGACCACAGGUUUCAUUGCAUUUUCUUCCAUUCCUGAGCUGGAUCGCAAAAUUAAGAUGUUUUUUGCCCUGGCUCCUAUCACCACAAGCUCAAAUAUGAAGUCACCCUUGGUCAGAGUGUUUGAUCUUCCUGAGGGUCUGAUUAAGCUCAUCUUAGGACGCACGGUGGUCUUUGAUAAGGAUGAGAUCCUGAGGCAAGUGACAUCACGUUUGUGCAGCUACACACUCUUUAAAAGCUUCUGCUCCUUGGUCCUGUACUUGCCUGGUGGGUUUACCAACAGCUUAAACGUGAGCCGCAUAGAUGUCUACCUGUCCCACUACCCUGAUUCAACAUCCCUAAAAAACAUGUUACAUUGGCGCCAGCUCUAUCAAACAGGGGAAUUCAAAUAUUAUGAUUAUGGAAGUGACAACAUGCUUCACUACAACCAGAGCACGCCGCCCUUCUAUGAGCUAGAAAAUAUGAAAGCACCACUUGCUGCAUGGUUUGGUGGCAAGGACUGGAUUUCUGCCCCUGAAGAUGUAAAUAUAACACUGCCUCGUAUAACCAAUGUGGCGUACAAAAAGUACAUUCCUGAAUUUGUCCACUUUGAUUUCCUUUGGGGUAUGCAAGUAUAUGAACAAAUAUACAAAGAAAUUCUUGAACUGAUGAAGAAGAACGCCUAGAGG